AUGCACGAGUCGCAGAUUCCUCGAUCCUGCGACCGCUGCUACUUUAUCAAGGAGCGCUGCAUCCGCGCGCCCGACUCGGACAGCUGCGACCGAUGCCUCCGGCUCAACCACGAAUGCGUGCGGCAGCGGGCGCCCAAGCGGCCGGGGCGACGGCCCAAGAAAGCACCGGCCGCCGCCCGGGAUCAGCAGCAGCAGCAGCAGCAGCAACAGACGGCGUCGCCGGCGAGUCAUCCCGCGUCGCCGCACGCCGACGCGCACGAGACGUCGUCGAUGCUCGACCGCGUCGUGGCGGACCUCGGGCUGUCGACGGUCGAGGCCCGGCUGCUCCGGCAGAGCAUCCUGAGCGAGCAGUUUGUCGAGCAGUUCAUCGUGGGGCCGAGCUUCGGGGCCACGCACCGGGCGUACAUGGCGCGGCAGCUGUACGGGGCGCCGCUCACGCUCGGGCACGCCUUCAUCGCGAGCGCCAUGUCGUGGGGCGAGGAGUCGGACGUGACCUCGCCGGCGCCCGGGUCGGCCAAGGCGCACUCGGACCACUUUGAGCGCAUGUACAACCACGCGACGCGCGCCGUGGCGACGCUGCGCUCGCUGCAGCCCGCCACGGCCCCCGAGAUGUGCCUCUGCAUCGUGCUCGGCGCCACCAUUGUCUCCUUUACCCUCAAGCUGCGCGUCGCCGACGCCCGCGCCAUCUGCCGCCAGACGCUCGAGCUCGUCAAGCCCGUGUACACGGACGAGGCGCUGCUCGCCGCCACGCCGCCCGACGACCUCUGCCUCAUGUCCUGCCUGCAGCUGACCAAUGUCGCCGAGAGCAUCAUGUUCUGCGAGCCGCCCACGCUGCGCUACCGCAACGCCCUGCACGGGCCCGAGUACGUCGACCGCUUCGUCGGCAUCGCCCACAGCAUCCUGCCGCUGCUGCACGACGUUGCCGCCCUGAGCUUCCGCUUCAAGCGCGAGCGAGCGCGCGCGCGCGCCGCCGACGACAACGCAGCCGCUGCGCUGCGCCAGGCGGAGCUGGCCCACGCCGCGCUGGAGCGCGAGGUCCGGCUGUGGAUGCCCGGCGGCCGCGCCGAGUUCGCCGAGGGGCGCUUCACGCCCACAGAGGUCGCGCACAUGCUCUGCCAGGCAGAGGCGUUUCGCAACGCGGCCCGGCUCGUCCUGCACCGGCUGCGGUGCGGCUUCGGCGAGCAGGACGAGGCCGCGCAGGCCAUGUCGUCGCACGUGCUGACGUCGGUCAAGGUCACGGCGCUCGUCACCGGGUCCAUCCCGGUGUGCAUCGACUUUCCGCUCAUUGUCGCUUGUCUCGAGCUCGAGAGCGAGAGUGAGCGCGCAGACUACUUGUCGUCGCUGUCGCCCAUUUCGAGCUACUCGAGCCGCUUCCACGACAGGACGAGAGUGAUAUUUGAUGCGGCGUGGGAGGCGCGUCGAAACGGUCAGUCUCUGUACUGGCAUGACCUUGCGGCGUUUAUUCCCGACUCAUCGACCGUGUGA